UGAAACGCUCAAAAUCACGAUCAAAAUCUUCUAGUACCACCGAGUUACACAGUGUCCUUUUUUACCACUCGAGCAAACAGUUCCCCUGGGAGUAUCUGUUUUACCAAGAACACAGUCAGGAGAAACUGCACGAAUUGCUGGCUACCAGACCUCAUGAGUUCAAACACUGUAAAUUAAAAUGGAGCGACAUGAUCUGGCAUACGCAAAACCUUUCAACGAUCCGACCUCUGCCAUCUGCAUCAGUGGAAUAGAUUAUGUGGCCAGAUCCUUUCCUGGUGAUGAGGUGUGCGUUCAGAUCUUAAGCGACGAUCCGUUGACGGGGAAAAUAGUAGGAUUGCUGAAUAGAUCUGAAGAAUGUUGCACCGUUAUCUGUAGGAUGAAAGGACGCAGACAACUAGUUACGCCUGUCAAGAAUAACAUGACCAUGAUACGCAUCCUUCAAAAACUCCCUGAGGAGAGUAUAUUUGAGAAUCAACUGUUAGUUGUCAAAGUGAUGAAAUGGGAAAAGGAUUAUAUGUUUCCUCUUGGAGUUGACAAAGUGAUCUCAGAAGAGGAGCAUUUUAACGAAUUUCUGAAAGUAGAAUGUGGCAUCAAAGACGCUCCUCCGAAGUUCCAACCAAAAUGUGACAGAGAUGAAUAUGAAAAAAGACAGAGCUUCAUCGAAGACAAAACAUUUACCAUCGAUCCCAGUACUGCAGAAGACUUGGAUGAUGCCUUUAGUCUGGGUGACAGGGGAGAACAAUAUAUGAUUGCAAUUCAUAUUACUGAUGUAGCAAGUUACAUAAAGAAAGACAGUAAGGAGGAUAUAUUUGCAAAGGCCCAAGGUCAAACAUUUUAUCCUCCUCCUGAAGUGCGUGCAAAACCAGCUUUCAUGUUUUCAAGAGAAGCGAGCUAUGAAUACUUAAGCUUACUCCCGGGUAAGAAACGGAAGGCCAUAUCCUUGGUAAUGAUGAUUAACAAGGUCACCAGCAUGAUAGAGUCCAUCUCUUUUACUCUUUCCCAUGUCUGUUCUAACAGAAGGUUUUCAUAUGAAGAGGCAGACAAAAUCAUACAAGAUUGUUGUUUGGAUAAAAAAGAAGCACCCCUUAAAUUUUCCACUGAAGAAGAGUGUGUUGCUGUGGCCUAUUGCUUUACCAAGGUGCUUAGAAGGUUCCGCUUGGAAGGGAGCUGGAGCAUUGGACAAAGAAAAGGAUACAGUCGAGCCCAUUGCAUGGUAGAAGAGCUGAUGAAUUUCUAUAACAAUGCAGUGGCUGAAACACUCAUCUCCAAUGAACAAACAAGAGAUCUCACCCCACUAAGAUGCCACUCUAAGCCAGAUCCUGUACUGCUUGACCAGUUUAAAACGAGAUACUCUGCCUUGCUGCCUUUCUCUCCUUAUCUUUCACAAAUCUGUGAAGUUGCAAGAGCAGGAUUUGAAGAAACCGAAGACAAUGUGACUUUCAUUCAUGUCUUGACACCUGUUUUCCAGCAAAUGAAAGCUUUGGCGCAAGAAGGUGAUUACCACAGGCUGGUUCAUCUUAUUAUAUCGGACGAAAUCCACCCUACGUUACUUCACAUGGCGAAGGAAUUCAAGGAAAUUCAAAAGAAAUCUGUGACCCUGAGGUCAUGUUCCAGCUUAAACUCAAAACUAGGACAUUACGCUUUGCAACUCAAUGCAUACACAAGUGCUUCCUCUCCUAUGAGACAGUAUCUAGACCUGAUUCUUCAGAGGCUUCUCCAUAGCGUGCUCUUAAAAAAAAACCAAUUGGACAUGGAUUACAUGAUGGCUGAAAUCGAACGGUUCUGUGACGAAUGCGAUUAUACUGAGGAUGUUGACUCAGAGUCAUCAAGAUUCGUAAGUCACAUUAAAAAUAGUUCUGGAGAUGUGACCAAACUGGCAGUGGUGGACCGGUUUUCUCCAAAAGAACAUGCGUUUCUUAUCUCAGUUCUUCUUGACAGUAUGUCACAAAUAAAAAUUCAGUACAGAAACCUAAAGGUAGUUGAGCAGCCUGAGUAUAACCAUCACGCCAAUUCCUGCACUCUCUACUGGAAAAGAAGAGUGUAUUCAUUUUCUGAGAAGUUCAUUCCACAGCUGCAUUCAGAUAUGAACCUUGUAAUUCCGAUCUCUGUUACAAAAUGGACUGCAAUUAUAUCUGCAGUUGAAGAUGAAGACUGGGUCAAGGUCACAGGGUGCCUUCAAGAUGAACGAGAAUAUAAUGUAAAACCUUUGGUAAAUUCACACGCUUCUCCGAAUAUGCCGAAUCAUUUCAAAGAGUGGAAAAAGGAACUCGAGUUAAAAGAAGUGCUACAAGUGCAGCUUGGCACCGAUGUAAUCAAUGGGGAAAGAAUGCCUGUAGUAAAUCUCCUUACUGUCAACGAAUUCUUUGAUGUUUGUCUGGAGCACGCAAGAAAUCCAAUUAAGUGUUUCACAAAUGACACAGCGUGCCGUAAAUCGCAAACAGAAUACCGAGAUUAUAAGGAAUACAUGAACAUUUGGGGGAAGCUCUGUUCAAUGGACACUGCCUACAAUGCUGUGGAGGAAAAUAAUAGUGUGAUUCUUGAAGGUGUAAGAAUAACAUGGAGGGAAACCACCGAAAAAUCUCUCGAAGGUUUCUUUGAAAUAACACCUACUCAGGUGAAAGACUGGUCUCUUGAAUUUGACCUGACAAACUGUUACCUGUGCAUCAGAUUGAGGAAUCAAUGUGCUGAAAAAGCAAAAACAACUAAGUGCAAUGGCUCUAGCCUUUCCGAUUUGCAGAACACACUCCCCUUUACAUGGGUUGCACAUGGUAUUCCUACCGAAACAAAAAAGCAAAGAAAGGAAAAGAAGACGAAUAAAAACUCACAAACCACCAAAAUACAGUUUCAAAUAAACCACAGAAAUACGACACAUGUACCACCUGAAGUUAAAAAGAAGGAAACUCAGUUCACUGUUGAACUCAUUCCAAAGAAAAUUCCAUACGUACAAUAUGAGCAUGCUAUUGACAACAUACAUGAAGCUAAUGACCUGGUGAAGAAGAUUGCAACUGGGAAAGUUUUAAAUGCUUCUAUUGGACUUGAAGAGCUACAUUCAGUCGACGAGUACAUGGACAACGCUCCAAACCUGCCACCAUUGAAUGAAAGCCAGAAAAGGGCAGUGCAGGAGGCUUUUAAAAAUCCUUUUACUGUGAUCCAAGGACCACCAGGUACUGGUAAAACUGUGGUUGGGGUUCAUAUUACAUAUCACUUCUACUUGAAGAACAAGGCUUUUGAAGCAGCAUGUCCAAACCAGCCACCAACACAGGGACAAGGUGCAUCUGCAAAAGAGAAAAAAAAAAAGAAGCUUGCCAUUCUGUAUUGCGGCCCCUCCAACAAGUCUGUGGAUAUUGUGGCAGAACAGUUAAGCAAAGUCAUUAAGCCUCUUCGGAUCUACUGUGAUCAGAUGGAAAUGCGAGAGUACCCCUAUCCUGGAAGUGAUCUAAAGCUCUGUCGCAGAUCUCUCCGUGAUGAGAAACCAAAGGAAGAACUCAGACACAUCUCUCUGAUGUAUUUGGUGCGACAACCUGAAAAUAGCUAUUCAGUGGAGAUCAACAAUUUUGAAAAAGGCACUGUGGAGUUUGACAGUGAAAGAUACAAGAAAGUGUUGAAGAUGGCUCAGAGAGAAGAACUUCUGAAGCAUGACGUGAUCUUGUGCACCUGCUCGACUGCUCUAAAACCGAUCCUAAAGAAGACCAUGGACUUCAGACAGAUCCUAAUUGAUGAAUGUGCCAUGGCCACAGAACCAGAAGCAUUCAUUCCUUUAGUCUCACAUAAUCCAGAGCAGAUUGUGCUUCUGGGUGACCACAAACAGAUUCGUCCAAUUGUAACAUGUGACCGUGUUAAGGAGCUCGGCAUGGGAAAGUCCCUCUUUGAACGAUACAUGGACAGGGCAUUGAUGCUGGACACACAGUACAGAAUGCAUGAACAUAUCUGUAAUUUCCCCUCGAACGAAUUUUAUCAGGGGAAACUGCAGACCGGAGCAAAGCAAAGAAAGUGUCUUUUGCUAAACAGAAAUAACAGACCCACUGCUAUCCUAUUUGGUCAUGUUGAAGGAGAAGAGUUCAGUUUAUCAAUUUCUACAACAGCUGGAAAUGAAUAUUCAGUAGCCAAUGAACUGGAAGCAAUGCAAGCGGUUCAGGUUGCAAGCCGGUUAAUUAGCAGGUCUGGUGUGGAAGCAGUGGACGUUGCCAUUCUCACCCCCUACAAUGCACAGAUGUCAAAAAUCAAGGAGAUUUUGUCAAGCAAGAAAAAUCAAGCCGUUCAGAAUGUCAAUGUUUGUACAAUUAUGAAGAGCCAAGGGAGCGAGUGGCGUUACGUGAUCAUCUCUACAGUCCGUUCCUGUACACUUGCUGAGAUCGAGAAAGAGCGGCGAAGCAAAUACAUCAGCAAAGGUUGGUUGGGGAAGAAACUCGGCUUCAUCACAGACCCGAACCAGGUCAACGUUGCUAUUACACGUGCUCAGGAUGGACUUUGCAUUCUAGGUAACCGUCACCUAUUAAAUUGCAGUGCGCUGUGGGGACGCCUGCUGUCUCACUACCAGACAAAAAACUGUGUGCUGGACUCGGCUAAAGACAUUAAAGUAGGUUUUUGACCAUUUCAA